CUUUGCCUUUUGGUGUAAAGCGAACUGAAAUAUCAUACAAUGUUUCUUCUUUUCAUUAACCAUGCAGAGGACUCUUGCAUCCUUCUCUGGUGAUUCAGCAAAUUUGUUAGGUGAUUUGAUGGAUGACACAAAGAACCUGAAAGUGGUACUUCAUGACUUUCAAGAGGGAGAUAAGGUUUUUGAGCUAGUGGCAAGGUUUUGGUUUAACAAGGGAAGAACUGAGAUAACUCCCACCGAUGUAGUCCUACUAAAUUUAGCUGUGCAAUAUAUAGAGAUGGAGAGUGAUGAUGGCCCCAGGGCUUGCUUGUUAAACCAAACAAGAAAGUCUCUGGAUGGUGUUGGUCUCUGGACCUGGUAUGAGCUACUUGUAGCUUUGAAAGAGUGCCAAGAUUUACUUUCUGCUUCGAAUUCUUCGUCGAUACUUGAUAAGGUCCUCAGUUGUGUUGUAGAAAGGCUUGGCUCUCUGGUUGUUGCAAGCCCUUAUGCAUCGUCUUCAGAGAAUUCCAGUUUGAGGAUCAGAAACAGUUUGCCUCAAAUAUCUUGGUGGUUUGAGGAUCUUCUGUUUUUGAACAUUGAUUUGAUUGAUAAGUUAAUAAGAACGAUGAUAAGCCGGAAUAUCGAUCAUGAUACGGUUAGUAAGUUCCUCUUAUGUUAUCGAAGGUCGAGAUUUCUUAGUGCCAGCCUAACUGAAAAGUGCAAAAUCAUAGAGGUUACAAUCAACCUGCUCUCUUUGCUUAAUAAGAGCUCCCUUCCUUUCAAGCUCUUAUUCGGUAUAUUUCGAGUCGCUUCAAGCUUGAAAAUUAGCAGACAUUGCAAGUCCAUUUUGGAAAAUCUUAUUGGCUUGCAACUGGAUCAAGCAACUAUAGAUUUUCUGCUACUCCCAUCCCCACACAGGAGAGAUUAUGUGUAUGAUGUGAAUCUGGUUCUGAGGCUGGUGAAAACAUUUUGCAAAGAAGGAAGUUGUUUCAUGUCCGCCAUGCGAUUAAAAAAAGUUGCUAGCUUGGUCGACUCGUUCCUUGUGGAAGUGGCUGCAGAUUCCCACCUGAACCCUUCCAAGUUUGCAGCAUUAGUCAUGGUGCUCCCAGAUGGUGCAAGAGAAUCCCAUGAUAGGCUUUUUCAAGCCAUAGACAUUUAUCUAGAGGUUCAUGAUGGACUAUGUGAGGCAAAGAAAAUGAGAAUCUGCUCUGCACUUAAUUAUGCAAAGCUCUCAACAGAUGCACUGAGACACUUAGCUCGGAACUCGAAAUUCCCUUCAAGAAUAGCAAUACAAGUUUACAUUAAUCAACAGUCCAAGCUUGAAAGCUUGUUCGAUGGGCAAAACCACCUCGACAGUGACACCUUUACCGGUCCAAUCUUUGGGAAGGAAAGUGUGGACGAGAAGGCGAGUUCCGAUCAAAUCCUUUUGUAUGCAAAAAGAAUCAACCUUGACAGUAAAGCUGAUCAACUCGAUGUUAAGCUGCAAGGAAUGCAACGCAGGGUAACAGAACUGGAGAAAUACCGUGGGAUAAUGCAGACUCAGAUAGGAAAUGUUCCAAGAACAAGAUUAUCCAGUCUUGGGAAUAAAGCUAGAUUCUUACCAAAACUGUGUUCUUGAAAGAUGGUUAAU